AUGGACUUCCCACUUCCUCCAGAACUCCCUAUUGGUGAUCCAUCUCUCCUAGGUUCUCUGAAACCAAAGGCUGCCACCCCACCUCAGGAACCAUAUAAGAAAAGACCAAGAAUCUGCUUACCACAUUAUGGGGAAAAGAGAGAAACAGAAAUUGAUCAGAGGAAAAACUGUGUGGACAAGUUUGAUAUACUUGGAAUUAUUGGGUGGGGAACCUAUGGACAAGUAUAUAAAGCUCAGGACAAAGACACAGGAGAACUAGUAGCCCUAAAGAAGUUUCUACUAGAUGAUAAAGAAGAAGGCUUCCCAAUCACAGCCAUUCGUGAGAUCAAAAUUCUUCGACAGCUGAAUCACCAGAAUGUUAUUCAUAUGAGGGAAAUUGUCACAGAUAAACAAGAUGCCCAGGAUUUCAAGAAGGACAAAGGUGCCAUUUACCUUGUGCUUGAAUACAUGGACUAUGACUUAAAGAGGCUGCUACAAUCUGGAUCAGCCUAUUUAUCUGAGGGCCACAUCAAGGCUUUCAUGAAGCAACUAAUGGAAGGAUUGGAUUAUUGCCACAAAAAGAAUUUCCUACAUAGGGAUAUUAAGUCUUCCAACAUUUUGCUGAACAACCGGGGACAGGUCAAGCUGGCAGAUUUUGGACUUGCUCGAUCCUAUAACUCUGAAGAGAGUCGUCCUUACACAAAUAAAGUCAUAACAUUGCAUUAUCGACCACCAGAACUGCUCUUAGGAGAGGAGCACUACACACCAUCCAUAGACAUUUGGAGUUGUGGUUGUAUCCUAGGUGAACUGUUUACAAAGAAGCCCAUUUUUCAAGCUUAUCUGGAAGUGGAUCAGCUCAAUCUCAUCAGUCAGCUCUGUGGCAGUCCCUGUCCAGCUGUGUGGCCUGAUGUUAUUAAGCUACCUUACUUCAACACAAUGAAACCAAAGAAGCAAUACCCUAGGUGUCUGCAUAAGGUGUUCUCUUUUGUUCCUUUGGCUGCUCUAGACUUACUUGACCACAUGCUGAUACUGGAUCCUAACAAGCGAUGCACUGCUGAGCAGGCCCUGAAGAGUGACUUUCUUAGAGAUGUUGAGCUCAGUAAAAUGGCUCUUCCAGAUCUCCUUCAUUGGCAGCAUGGCUAG